GUCUCGAAUCAUCAAACAACUAUCGUCGCAUACCCGUCCAGGAAGGAACAAAAAGCAAGCAUGGACUUCGACGACCAACUCAUCGCCCAGCUAAACGCGCCCGAACAUCGAACACCCACUCCACCACCUCCACCUCAAGAUGCGACAACGACCUCCACCCCGCCAACCAACCCCACCACCACGCCCUCCCUCCCUCGCCCAACAAUGACAGCCAAAGACGGCGAAUCCUACUACAUCAAACCCAUCCCCAGCGGCCUCCGCGCCCCCUCCCUAUCCGACCUAAUGCAACUCUGCCACACCCACACCCUGCACCACGGCUUCGACGUUGUAAAAAAAGCCGGCGUCAAACCCACCUCGUCCAAAAACGGGAAAAAGACAAUCGUCCCCAACGCUGCGUACUAUAAAUGGCACAUCACUUGCGUGUUGGGUGGGAAGCCGAAGAACACCAGACAUCUGACGGAAGAGCAGAGGAGGAGGGAUAAGGGCAGUUUGAAAAUGGGGUGUCCGAGCCGGGUGUGGGCUUGGGCUGUGGAAAGGGGGGAGCCGGAUGGGGCGUGGGAGAUUAGAUGGGGGGAUACGGAUCCAGCGUUGCAUAACCAUCCGCCUGUUGACGUGCGCACGCUGCCGAAUCACAGACGCAGAGCUAGGGAGGUUGAUGGUGUGGCGGAGGCAAUCAAGGAGAUUGCGGCGAGUGGGGUGGGGAGGAAAGAGGGGUUGCAGAAAUUGAGGAGUUUGUAUCCUGAUGGCCUGUUUAGUGAAAAGGAUGUGGCGAAUGAGUUGCAGAAGUAUAAAUUGCAGUUGAAGCAGCAGAAGGCUGUGGAGGAGGAAGAGCAAGGAGGUGGAGGGGAGGGUGAUGAGGGACAGGAAGAGGAUAUGGAGGAUGUGGAUGAGGCUGAGAUGCAGUUGCAGCAGCAGUUGCAGGCUCAGACGCAGAGGGAUCAUCAGCAUCGACUUCAACAACUUCAACAACAACAGCCGCAGAUGCAACAACCAUCAAUGCAGCAUCAGCCUCAGAUGCAGCAUCAACCACAACAUCAGCAUCAGCAACAUCAUCAUAUCUUCACUCCUGGAGUUCCUGGUUAUUGGUGAAGCAUAUCUGACCACGGCAAAUUCUGCUUUCUGCUUACACCUCGAUUCGCCCGAUUAUUUGAUCUGAGGUCCCAUCUUUUCGGACGCUGUUCGUGUUGCUUCGCCAAAAUCAAUUUCACGGCUCGUCCCUUACUGCAACUCAACCUCUUUUUGCCCUUCCCGCGGAUACCCCUGCCAAUGCACUGGCUCUGUUCUUUUCAAUCACUGAGAUACCAUAGCUCAAUAUCGACGACUUUUUUACUCGC